GGACGCGUCCCCUCCUUCUCCCGUCCACCAUCAUCCCGCAUGGCGAGGCGAGCAAACAAGAGACGCAGGAUCUCACGAGCGUCGAGUGCAACCUCGGGGUCAGAUUCGACAUGCACGAUAGCACGCACCUCGCCUCCGGUCUUGGCUUCCGACGCGUUUGUCUUCCCGGCUCCCGACACUUCUGAUCUCUCCUGCGUCUCUUGCCAUCGUGCACUCGGCACUCAUGCUGGUGCUGGUCCGAAGCAGACCCAGUACAUCGUUUGUCCGAGGUGCCGAGCCACGAGCUGCACGAUCUGUUCACGGACGUGCACGUCCAUCCCGCCUUCCCAUCCUCCGACGCCUCUUCUCUCUUUCUCUCCCUCACCCCCGGGUACUCCUUCGGGGCCAGCAGAAUGCCGACCCUUACCUCAAGAAUUUCAUCUAGAUGAAACGCCGAAACAACGCACCCGCUCAGACGCCCAGACGCAUCACACCGAAACCGCGCGGCGACGCAGGCAUAGCGAUAUCGUGGAAGACGACGAACGGACUGUUGUCGGUGCCGAAGACGAUUCGACUACCCAUACAAAGAUCACAGACGACUCGGCUCCUUUACCCGGAUGUGGUCGAAUUCUGUGCAAAAACUGUUGUAUUGAGAAUAUUCAAACUGGGGCAACUACUUGUUAUGACUGUUACGGACUUCCAUCUCUAGCACAGGACCUUCAUGCUCAAACGCAACUGUAUCCAAUUGUCCCUCUACUAAUUCCUCAAUGACGUCUGCUUAUCUGAACAAUCCGUCCUUGUCUCAGCACUCUUUUUAGGUGUAACUGUUUA